AUGGAACUCUUUGAUACACUUUUUAACAUAGCCACUAAAAAGCGAACUAUUUAUGAGAAAAAUGUGGAUUUUAACGACCCAUCAUCCCAAGAAUAUGAUACACAGUUAGUUCCAGAACAAUCUCCCGAUGAAUACAAGACCGGAGGGGAUGAUGUUUACGAGAAUACUAAUUUAAAAACAUUAGACUUUAUUACUAAGGUGAAAAAUAGAUUGGAAGGUAAAAAUGUUAUAUCUGAAAAACCACAUAAAUCUCUCGAAACUUUAGAAGCUGAUAUUUCUUCUCAUUCACCACUUACUCCAAAUAAUGAAACUAUCAACACAAAGGUUUUUGAAGGUGAUGAUUUGGAAAUCGAAAAUAUGCUAUUGACUCAAAAGGUUACAAAAAACGUUUCUCAGACCCAAGUGAUCAAUACCAAAGAAAGACAAAUUUAUAAAGCACAGCAGUACGAGUAUAAUAACUAUGAGGAUAGACAAGAUAUUCAAUUAUUUAAUAAAUAUUCUCAGCCCCACGAUAAUACGCAACAAGGAAAACUUAAAAAAGAACUUCCAUCUCAAACCCAGCUUAUUAAAAAAGAGACAAGCAAUAUGGACACACAGGUAAUUGAAACACAGAAUGUUUCCAAUUCACCAGAAUACUCACUUGAAACACAACCCAUUGUUGAUGACAUUACCACCAUAUCCAUAAAUAACAGUUGUACACAAAUACUUGGAAAUACUGCUUCAUCUUCAAAAGUAUUGCCAUCUAAGACUGUCGAAGCACCCACAUUGAAAUUGUAUGAAGUCCAACAGCGAAUUACUCUUGAAGAGGAAAACAAUGAGAAGGCUGUUAAAGAGGCACGAGUUAUUGAUAACUCUAAAAGAUCAAUUGAAAGGAAAAAACAGAGAUUUACCAAACAACAAUUGCUCAAUGCGUUCAAUAAUAGCGAUGAAGAUUCCGAGAAUGAUGAACCCAAACCAAAAUUAACAACAAUCGUGAAAAAUAUACCGAACAAUGCGGGAUUUUCAUCCUCAGAUGAUGAUGAAUUUAAAAUAGAACUUAAAAAAACAAGCAAUGACAAUGAAUAUUCGAAACCCUCAAAGAUAUUACAACGCUAUACACAAACCUUAAAAACCAAAAAAGUUAUUGAGUUAGAUUCGGAUGAUGAAAAAAGCCAUCCAAGUAACAACUUAGCUAUAAAUCCUGCAGAUGAUAUAGAUAAGGAGGAAACAGUUCUUAAAUCAGCUAGUUCUAAAGCAGCAUUGUUAGGAAUUAGAGCGAAAAAAUCCAAAAAAAAAAAUGGCAAAAAAGGAAAAAAACAAUUAUUGAUUAAAACUGGCCACACAGGUAGUUUGCAGGAUUUGCUUCAAGAAUUAAGACAAGUUAAUAGGAAUCAAAUUUUAAAAAACAAAAAGGAAUUGAUUGAAAAACAAGGGUUAACCAUGGAAGAGUUGGAAAAAGAACAUAAAGAAGUGGAAAAUUUAUUAGAACAAGAAAUUCAAAGAAAUUUGCGUAUCAGAGCCAAAGAAAAGGAGAGAGAAAAAGCAUCGAAGAAACAAAUCGAACAACAAAAACUGGUUGGGGAGGAGAGUGGUAUUAUCGACGAGGUUCCAGAAAGUGAUGAUAAUGUUUAUGAUCCUUACUCCAACGAAGAAGGGGGUUCUGAAGAAGCUUCUGUCAGCGAUGACAGCGAACAUGAGCAACAUACAUUGGAAGUGGAAGAGGAUCACUUGGAUGUUGUAUAUGGUAAAAAAGAAGAUUCUGAUUACAAAAUUGAUCUAAACGAAGGAAAGGAAGAGGUGGGGAAAGGUGAAGAUGAUGUUGAUAAUGAAGAAGAAAAAAUAGUUUUAUCAAAAAAAACUAGAAAAUUUAAUUUUAUUGAGGAACCUAACAAGUCUGCUCCGUUACUACUAACUUCGAAAAUUGGGGAUAUUUCCGAUAAUGAUUUACUUAGUUCCGAAGAUACUGAUGAAGAAGAUGAAGCUGCCUAUAAAGAAAAAAUGGCUCUAGCGAUACGAAAAAAUAGGAACAAAGAAAAGAAAAAGGAAAAAUUACAUAAGGAAAUGAAGAAAAAAGGUAUUUAUGAAUUGUAUGAUAUGGAAGCUGAAGAAUCUGAGGAUGAGUGGCAUGGACUUGGUGGAGCAGACGGCGAAGAAAGUGAUGAAUACGAUCCUGAAUUAGAAAAGAUGGUUGAUGAUUACACAAAACAGAAUUUUAACCCAGACGAGAUUAGAAAGUUAAUAGCCUCUGAGGAGAAGGCCCAUGACGAAAAGAUGGUCAACAAAAUUUUACAUGACAUAAAAAAUGGUGGUUUCAGAAAAAGAGGUAGGGGUGCAUUGGACAUAGAAUUAAGUGAUGAUGAAGACGAUGAAUUAAAGAAAUACAGGUUGAAAAAAAGGGAACUUUUGCGGAAAAGAAUGUUAGAAAAUAAAGAAAAUAGAGAGCUAGCUCAAAAUAAUAAAAGAACUGCAUUUUUCAACAGUAUUUUAAACGAUGACUUAGAAGAAGAGAAUAAACUUUUUGCUGGUGAAGAAGAAGAAGAAGAAGAAGAAGGAGAAGAAGGAAGACGAGGAAAGGAAAAAGACUCACAAACAGUUAAUGAAAGCGAGGGAACAAAUAAAGUGGUACUUACCAAAGAUUUUGUCAGCAAAACAUUAUCAUUUUUGACAAGUAAAACAGAUGAUUUACAAGAUGAAUUUGAAUUAUCUAGGAUUCAACAUGAUUCUUCCUAUGAAAUCCCAGAUUUACAUAAAUUGAAGCAAAAUAGUUCUAUUAAAAGUUUUGAUUCAAAACAAAUCAGAUCUUCCAUUAAGGAACAUGAUGACGAUCUUAUCACAAGUUUCGGUUCCAGUUUUGUGCCUUCUGCAGUAGAAUCUUUUAUUUCAAAAUCAGAUAUUAACUCAAAAUUUAAAAAUGGCAGUAAGUCUGUAAAGAUAUCUAAAUCAUAUAGGGCGGUGGGUAGUUCUAAAGCAUCAAUCACAUAUUUUGGUAAGAAGCGUCAAUUGAAAGCUCCAUCUAGAACUGAAAAGGAAAAACACUUUCUGAUAGGGAAUAGACAAUUUUCUUCAAGAUUAAUUAGAAAAACAGAAAAUACGUUUGAAUAA